GACCAAGCAAACCCGAUGCCGCCGCCCAGCUCCGCCGCCCUGCCACUCGCCGCCGCCCCCAUGUCCAACCCCUCCCCCUCCCCUUCCCCGCCUCCCAACCCCCUCGCCGCCGCCUCCUCCUUCCUCCACCACCACCUCUCCAGCCUCGCCUCGCGCUUCACGGUCCCGCGCCCCGCGCUCGCCGCCGCGCGCCCGCCGGGGCCCCAGGGCGCCUCCCACUCCCAAUCCCUCGCGCUCGCGCCCGACGAGGUCGCGCGGGCGCUCACCGGCACCCCCGUCUUCACGGUCUGCAACUCCAGCAACGAGUUCGUGCUCGUCUCCGACCCCGCCACCGGCCUACGCUCCCUCGGCCUCCUUUGCUUCCGAUCCGAGGACGCAGACUCCCUCCUCUCCCAUGUCAGGAAGCGGCAGCCGAUGCUAGGGAAGGGGGCAAAAGUUGUUCCCAUUACGCUUGAUCAGGUUUAUAUGUUGAAGGCCGAAGGUAUUGCUUUCCGGUUCUUACCAGACCCUCUUCAAAUAAAGAAUGCACUGGAGUUGAAAUCCGGCUUAACUGGCUUUGAUGGUGUUCCAGUUUUUCAGUCAGAUCUACUGGUUCUUAAGAAACAGAAGAAGCGCUAUUGUCCAAUAUAUUUCCAAAAGGAGGACAUAGAAAGAGAGCUUAGAAAGACAUCUAAAGCUUCGAAAGGAUCAGCCUUAUCUAAGCAAAUCAUGGUUGGGAGUUUGGAGGAUGUCCUGAAGAAAAUGGAGAUAAAUGAUAGAAAUUCUGGAUGGGACGACUUGAUCUUCAUACCACCUGGGAAGAGCCUUAACCAACAUAUCAAUGAGGUAUCAGCAUAGUUUGUUGUGCAAGCAUAGAGUUUGAGCACACAUAUUUUCCCACUUGACAUGCUGUGAUGGCCAGCCUAUCAUCAACGUUAAGUUGCUGCCUGAGCUUUUAUUCUUAAUGAUUAUUUCACGGUUAGCCUUGUAAGGAAUUUUUUAAGGUCAAGUGAUAAAAUAUGGUCGUGUUUUUCCCC